UGGCGGCUCCGCAGCGCGUGGUCGCGAGCUCCCGGGCGGCCCGGAGUUAUCGGGUGCGCCGCUCGCAGCACCGCGGCUGGCACAGGUGGGUCACGCCGCGCCGCGCCGCUGAGGACGCCGGCGCCUGAGGAGGAGCCCGAGCGUGUCUGCCGCUGCCCCCAGCCCCGCGGCUCCCGGCGUUUGUGCGGAGAGAGGGGGCUGCGAGUGCAUAGCUGGUGUUUGCCGUAGCCAAGAGUUGCUCUAGGGUGCCUUGCUGGCUUGUGAAAGAGGUACAGAAUGGCUUACAGCGUGACUUUGAAUGGACCUGGACCAUGGGGCUUCCGACUGCAAGGGGGCAAGGACUUCAACAUGCCCUUGACCAUCUCCAGAAUCACCCCUGGCAGCAAGGCAGCACAGUCACAGAUGAAUCAAGGGGACCUUGUGGUAGCCAUUGAUGGAGUCAAUACUGACAGCAUGACUCACUUAGAGGCUCAGAACAAGAUCAAGUCAGCCAGUUACAACCUGAGCCUCACUCUUCAGAAAUCUAAGCGUCCAGUGCCAGUCUCAACCACACCACCCAAAAUUGACUCACCCAGAGCUGUAAUUCCCCACCAGAAGGAACCUGCUUGGGAAAUCAAUGGCAACAGAGCAACCUUCAGUCCUCUAACUAACACGGCGACUGGGCCUAUGGGUAGUGUUUUAGCAACCAAUGGAACAUUUUCAGGCUACUUCAACAAGCAAGAGAUCAGCUUUUCAAAUAGCUCUUCUUACUUAAAGACUACCACAGUUAGAUCUUCCAUGUCCUCUCAGUCUGUGACUCCUGACAUUUCACCUGCAAAGAGUAAUCUAGGUUCAAAACUAAGCCCUGUAUUGACUGAUGGCAGUAGUCCUGCACGCCAGCUGAGCCCUGCAAGGCAAUAUAACAACCCUAUUGGCCUUUACUCAGCAGAAACUCUAAGGGAAAUGGCUGAGAUGCAUAAAUUAAGUCUCAGACGAAGGGCUUCGGAAGGUGGACUUCCUGGAGGUACCCUUCCUAUUAAAGAUCCUCACGUAGAUAGUGCAUCUCCGGUGUAUCAGGCGGUUCUCAAAACUCAGAACAAGCCUGAAGAUGAAACUGAAGACUGGAGUCGCCGUUCUGCCAACCUGCAGUCUAAGUCUUUUCGCAUCCUUGCCCAGAUGACUGGAACGGAGUACAUGCAAGAUCCAGAUGAAGAAGCCCUGAGGAGAUCAAGAGACAAAGAAAAUGUUGCAGCAACAUCAGAAAACAGUACACCUGUUGAGCAUGCUCCAGUAUCUACCAGCUCUGCCUCUGCCUCUGCACUACAUGCUUCAGCACAUCAGCCUGCUACUGCUGCUCAACAUACAGCCAGUCUGAUGACACCACCAGCAACCACUCCCACCUCAGUAGUGCAAGAGUCUUUCUCAUCCUCCUUCCAAAGUUUCAACCGGCAUUCUUCCACCUCCAUCAGCUACCAGUCAAAGAAGAGAAACACCAGUCAGUCAUAUACACCAGUGCCAGCUUCUGCAAGCUAUGGCGAAACUCCUGCUGCUUCUGCUACUUCAAAACCAAGAGUUGUCACUACUGCUAGCAUAAAGCCUUCUGUCUACCAGCCAGCACCUGCACCAGCUCAUUCCUACACCCCUGCCAACACUGAGCCGGCAAGCCGCCCUCCCUGGGUAACAGAUGAGUCAUUUUCCCAGAAGUUUGCACCUGGAAAAACCACCACCACUGUCACAAAGAACAUCCUUCCGAGGGGUGCUCCAGUACCACCUCCUGCCUCAACUUCUGCUUACCCAUCUCCAGUUUCAGCUUCUCCCCUGGCUCCUGCAAUAGCUCGAGGAACAAUUCAGAGGGCUGAGCGAUUUCCAGCCAGCAACCGAACUCCUCUCUGUGGGCAUUGUAACAGCAUAAUUCGGGGUCCUUUCCUGGUAGCCAUGGGUCGCUCUUGGCACCCAGAAGAAUUCAACUGUGCUUACUGCAAGACAUCCUUGGCUGAUAUGUGCUUUGUGGAAGAGCAGAAUAGUGUGUACUGUGAGCGCUGUUAUGAGCAGUUCUUUGCACCAACCUGUUCCAGAUGUCACACUAAGAUCAUGGGGGAAGUGAUGCAUGCCCUAAGACAGACUUGGCAUACGAGUUGCUUUGUUUGUGCUGCCUGUAAGAAGCCAUUUGGGAAUAGCCUCUUUCACAUGGAAGAUGGAGAACCUUACUGUGAGAAAGAUUAUAUUGCUUUGUUCAGCACAAAAUGCCAUGGCUGUGAUUUUCCUGUUGAAGCUGGAGAUAAAUUCAUUGAAGCCCUUGGACAUACUUGGCAUGAUACCUGCUUCAUUUGUGCUGUAUGCCAUGUGAAUUUGGAAGGUCAACCAUUCUACUCCAAGAAGGAUAAGCCACUGUGCAAGAAGCACGCCCAUGCCAUCAAUGUUUAAAAAAAGAGCUGGAAGUCAGUAAUGCUGGGGAAACCAGAUGACUAAAUGGGCAGUUAUAAAGUUGAUAACCAUGGCUAGCAUUUGUCUUGGUAAAAGCUAUAAAGUUGAUAUUUCUAAAGUUUCAUUUUAACCUCGUUUCUUAUAAGCAGAACAUACUUUUGCAUGGUUCAUACAAAAUGAACAAUCAACACCAAAUUAAAUACUCCAUUUAUAAACAGAUUAUUAGUGAAGCAGUUUGGAGAAAUAUUGAUUAAAACCUGUAAUUUAAAAUGUAAUAUAUAAAAAUACAGUUUAAAAUGAACUACCCACAGCAGUUUUACUGCUUAGACCACACACUAGUGUUUAAAAAUAACAGGAAGUCCUGUUAUUGUAAUUGUAAUAACUCAUUGUCUUGUAAUAGCUCAUUUUCUUUCAUAAAAAGAAUGAGUAAGUGCUAUAUGAACAAUAAUCUGUAGAACUAAAGGGCACAUCUUUCAAAGGAAAUUAAAUAGGUUAGGGUUUCCUCUAUGAAAAGCGUGUGCUAUUCCUUUAUGUUGUGGUGCUACCUCAUAGCAUCAAAUAUUUUAGAUUCUUUCCAAAUAAGAAGUUUGCCUUGAAUACAUACGUAGCUGGGAAGCGUAGGAGACAAUGAGUAACUUAGUUUGAGAAUGAAGUGGAAAUGGAAUUAACUCCUUCCACACCCCAGUAAGAUUGAGGAAAGCAUGUUGGGUCAGCCUUGCUAGUGCACUUGGCUUAUACAUAAGCAGUAGUAGAUACCUCACUUUCAAAUCUUAAUGGAAAAGACUAACUGGCUUUGUCCAGCUUGCUCUUAAAUUGAAUGGAAUCAGUCUGUCUGGAAAGGAACUAUGGCUAUUAAUUCAAAACCCGUUUGCCUUUCCUCUUGUGGAAAAAAAAUACUGAACAUUUCUUUGGUUUAUAAUGUCCAUUGAUAUAAGUGGGAGGUAGGAACCCAUGUCUGGAUCUUUAACACUGAUUAACAAUGACGACACACUUCUAUCUAGUACAACUAGAAAGUGGGAGAUAGCUUGCAAAAGUUGCCUAAUCUAUCCCACAUACACAGAAAUAAGGCAUCUUUAUUUCUUCUGUAGAAUGUAAUCAAUCAAUGUUUAAUCAGUGUAAAUGAAUGUUGAUAAAAAUUCAUUGGGCAGCAUAACACCACAGACAGAUGCUUUUUAUUGUUUUCAUUAGUUUAAAUAUAACACAUUCUAAAUUGUAGCAUUUGCCAUUGUAAGACAGUAGGCCCUGGCACUUAACCCUAGUCCUAUUUUUAAAUAUUUUAUUAAAAACUUCGAAGUUGCUCAAACAUUUAUAAAACUGUUUUUUUGUUGUUUGGUUGGUUUGAAUUUUGAAAGCAAUACUUGUAGUACUAGCAAUGAUUUUGAAUUCCUAAUUUUAAAUACCUAUUUGUAUAGGAGGCAGCAGUUCUGUUGAAGAGAAAAUGGAGUUAAAAUGGAAAGCCUAAUCACUAUUCAAGUUUUAUUAAUUUGCUUAAAUGAAAAUUAUGAUUGUGUAUUGACAGCUUGCAGUACUGACAGUUUCUAAGUAGUAUUUCUGAGGGUGAGAAUGAGUUCUGUGGGCCACAUUCUGGUGCUAUCUGCACGCUACUGUACCUUGUGUUUUGAGUAACCAGGAAUGACUUGGCAUUGUCUCUUUUCCCUCCUAUAGGUAAUGCCAAUUCUAAGAAAAUAGGUGUGUCUUUUUAGUGAUGAAAAACUAUCUGAAGCUUUGGGGAGAACUGAGGGGAGGAGGAAAUAAAAGAAAUGGUGGGUUAUAAUAUGUGAGUUAAAUUAGCCGCAGGCAGUCCACAUCUUGGAAGAAAAUAACAACCUAAACUGCCUGUGGCAGUUCUGACAUGUAUGACCUGUGUUUAUUCAGCAGGUAUCUUAGUUCUCACUGAUCUUAGCAGUGAUCUGAUCUGAGUGCUUACAGGGUCAGAUUUUGAAUGCAUUAAUUAUUCUAUAAUGCUACUAAAUUAUAUGCAAAGCCUUUUUUUUUUUUUCUAUAGGAAACAAAUUUUCUGUUUUCAGUCAGUGCUGGGCUGAUGUAAAUCUGGUUGCAUUAACUACAAAAUCCAGGUAUUUGGCUCAUAAUAUUCUCCAGAAGAAUAAACUAUAAUCACUGAAGUUAAAUAUUCUUUUUACUCACAUUUGACUUCAUCAAAUACCUUUUUAUAACAGUGAGACAAUUCUAUAUUUCCUUUUAAUUUUUGAAUGCAUUGAAGAUGCUCCUUGGGCAGAUUUCUGUGUUAUCCACUGACUGGGACUAGUCUCUUACUGUCAACAUCAAACUCUUAUAACAGAGAGUCUGACUCCUCAGCAGGACACAAAAUGCUAGAGCAUGUGAUGUCUCAGGAGAAUGUCAUGAUCAAAUCUAUGUAUGUAUGUGUCUCUCUCUCCCUCGCCACCCCCUCUAUCCCUAUAAGCUCCCUCUUUGCUGGCACUGUGAAGGAUACAGCAUUUUAGGAGAUGGUCAAAGAUGAACAGCUGCAGCUUAUGCAGGGGUGUAUAGUCUGUGCAGAGAACAUGGUAGGCAGCCAGGCUGGGGCUGCUUCUUUCUUCUCUGUGUUCACAAGGGAGCCCAGGAUUUCCAGAUGAAGUGGCUCAGGACUUCCCAUUAGGAGCUCAGGUGCACAAGUAUGGGAUGUGAUGCAUCAGGGGUCUCGGUGUGGGCAGGGGAAGAGAGGUUUGGAUCAAAGAGGGCAGAGCACCUGCAGCAACCAGAAUGUGGGGGGCUUGAAGGCCUCUGGUAAUUGUGUGGAAAGGUGAAGCAUUGCGGAGGCAGGGGAAGCUGGGGCUGGAAGAAGGGGAAGAGCUAGAUAAGGCCAGUUGCACUAAGUUGAUAUAUUAGAUACUUGGGUUGAGGCAGAGGGGGAAGAGGAGAAUAGCCAGGAUGACUUGCUAUGGUCAAGGAAAGGGCCUGGAGCAAGACAUUAGGGUACAAAGAGUUCACAAUAGUCCCAAGAUAUAGUAUGAAUGUAUACAGAAGGAGUGAACAAGGAAAAUCCAAGAUCCUAUCCUGCAGAAGUCAGCACUGCAGAAGGUGAAUGCAACAUAUGUUAGGUAUAGCUUAGCUAGUUUGUGGAAUGGCAACUGUGAAAAUGCAGCAGCAGAGACUUCAGUGGGAGCUGUACUAACUUGUCAGGGUCCUGAAAAUUUCCUUGGACAGCUAACCUGCACUGUAACACAUGCCCUGACUCCAGCUGGUGUCUGAGCAAGUGAGAUUAAAACUAGUUUACAUAUCAGUUUAUGAGGUACAGUGAUAUCUCUGAGUGAAGAACAGAGAUACCCUGAGGAUUAUCAUAUAAUAAAUUUCCUGUUUUGACUUGUGCUGCUUCAUAAUAUGGUCCAAAAAUAGGGAAUCCACUUACCUGCCCUUACAUAAUUUUUGCACAUAUGCGAACCAGAAAUUUGUGAAUAGUAAUGUAGAAUUUUAACUUUCACAGGGAUAGAAUCCCACAUAACUGCCGAUACUCUUCUGCCAUAUGUCACCUUUGUGAUAUGAAGGAAAAGAUGCAUAGUUAUAUAAUUCAGAACAGGGCCCUUCAACUAUCACUGAACAUAAAUGCUAUACAAAAAUAGUGUUUGCAAGAUGAAUAAUGUGCACUUGUUUAUGUUUUAUGUUUUGUAAGAGAUGCCUGGGAUAAGUCAUAAGUUCCUCUAAAUAUUUAUAUUAAUUAACAUGGGGCUUUACAUAAUAAAACAAAGAUCCUGUACCUCUGAAUGACCAAAUAAGAAUACUGAUAUUUUAUCUAAUAAGGUGUUCAGCAUCCUUUCAGUCAAAGGCUUCAAAAAUGAUCUUAGUGCUUUUUCUCUUCUUCUGCUCUUUUUGCAUAAGAGAGUAAAGAUUACCAAAGAAGGCUUUGCUUUUAUUAUCUGAAAAGAAAACCACUGAUCUGACUUAUUUUUUCUAAGUUAAUUUGUAAUGUGCUGGAUUCAGAUAUUGCAAUUUUAAACAAGGAAAAAUAUUUUACUUUGGUCCUUCAGUGGUCAGUACUUCGGGUGAAAUGUUCUCUUAAAGACAUUCAUAUUUAUGUUUAAUAAUGUGAACAUCCACAGCACUGAACACAAUAAUUAGUGUCUAAUGCUGGGCAUGCUAAUGUUUAUUUGUAAUACUUGUCUCCAGGUAGCAGAUAUUAAUUUUUUUAGUAUUUACAAACAUCAGAAUUUGAAACUGAGUGAUUUCUUGUCUGCAGUGAUCAUAGAAGUCUAGGUUUUAUAAUGCAUUUACAUGUUGACUUGAUGCCACAAGUGCCCUUGCUUUUAAAUACAUAUUUUUCUGAAGUUCUUAGUUUGGAUCAGAAUGCAGCAUGGUUUGUGAGGUGUGAGUAACUGUACCUUGCAUGCAUUACCUGUGCCAACAUGGAUAAAACAGUCUAGUAAUACAAUGAAUGUACAAAUACAUUUAAAGCUUUAUGAUUUGGACAUAUUUGUUAAUAUGACGUGUGAACAGCUGGCAGCAUACACAAGCUUGUAUUCUCUACUUCAAACCUGAAAAUAAAAUUAAAAGCAUUGGUUUCAACCUUA